UCGAAACAGCCGGUCAACAGCAAAGCACCGCACCGGGCUCUCGCGCGUCAGCGGCCGCUGGACCUCGCAUUUGUACUGCAGCAUCUGGAAGAGCUCGCACGCCGAGAGGUCGAUCCUGCGCGACACGGAGCCCGCGUCGUCGAGCUUCCGGCGCCGGCCCGAGGCGUCCUGCUGGAUCCGAAGGGGCAGCUCCGAGGCGGGGAACGAGCGGCAGGGAGGCGUCAUUCUUCUUUAAAGAUGGAGGCGGCGAUGGGCGGACAGUUGCUGAAGGCGGUUGAGGAGGCCAGCUUGGAUGAGAUCCUCGACAGCUUUCGCGCAUCACUGGCUCUCGAAAAGACUCCAGCAAGCGGCACCGGCACUGGGCGAGUCAAGCUCACGCACCUGGAUCAACUCGACCAGCUCGCCGCCCGACAGUUUCGAGCCACCCAAGCGCCCACAAUCGCCCUCUCUGGCCGCAGCCUUCCGCUGGUAUACAAGGUGAUAUCGACGCUCGUCUCGCCGCCCCAUUCCAGGGCGCUCUUCGUCCUCGACCUUGAGGGCCGCUUCGACGCCACUCGCCUCACAUGCGCCGACAAUGAUUUGCAGCACGUCUACGUCCAGCAGUCGCCCUGCGACGAAAGCUCCGGCACUGACCUCGAGGUUAUCCGAUCUUUCAUCUCGGAUGCCGAGCACUUCAUGAUCUACGACAGGGCUUCUGCAGCGUCCCUCUCUCGUGAGUUCUGGGGCACGAUUGUGCUCGGCGGAAUGGGGGCGGGCGAUCUGGUUGCUGCGUGGAAAGGUUGGCUUCACGUGGAACGCGAACACGUCGCAGAGUAUUCUAUGAGAAUCACCCUCGAAGAGGCCUUUGAGAGACGAUCUGAUAGACAGGAGGCUGUGGACCGUUCUGGUUGGGUUGCAGCAUCGCAGUGGGGGAGAUUUGUCUUCCUUGAAUGAUUCAU